UCUCUGUGAGGGAGCCCCCCCCCACAAAUCUCCCCAAAUUUUCUCCCCCCCUCAGAAUUUGGGGAUCCCCCCGACUCCCCAGCCAUGGAGGAGGUGGACAAGAUCCUGAUCCACUCCCUGCGCCAGGCGGGGACGGCGGUGCCCCCCGAGGUUCAGAGCGUUCGGGACCUGAGCCCGGAGCUGGUGGUGGCCGCCGCCGUUCGCUGCCUCCGCGCCGUGAGCCCCGCGCUGGGCGCUGCCCUGAGCCCGGCGCUGCCCCCGGGCAUCUCCGCCCGCUUCCGCCUGGCCUCCGAGCUGGCCUCGGCCUGCCAGGAGCUGGGAUUUGGGGGUGACGUUGGCUACCAGACCUUCCUGUACAGCUCCGAGCAAAGCCCCAAAACAGAGCUGGGAUUUGGGGGUGACGUUGGCUACCAGACCUUCCUGUACAGCUCCGAGCACGACGUGCGGCGCCUCCUCCUCUUCCUCGUGGAGAAGCUGCCCCGGGACGAGGGCGAGCGCGGGGCUGAGACCCCCG